AGGUGGCGCGCAUGUGUGGGGGUGUGUGGGUGUGUGAGUGAGGGAGAGAGAGAGAGACCACAGGUACUACUCAGAUUACUCUGCCUGUUUGGUUCUGUACUGCAGACGGCUGUCCUACUGUCUGACCAGGACAGUGCAGCUCAGCCAGUCACAGCACUGGAAUUUCCCAGGAGCAGGAGCAGCCUGGAAUGUGAACUUUUCCUGAGCAACUGAAGUGGAACAGGGAGCUUGUCUGACCCAGGAGAGCACCAUGGAUGGCGAACCACCAGGCGGGACUGGCAGCCAGCCCUGCAGCCCAGGAGACUGUCCUGACACCACUCUUCUCUCAAACCCACCGAUGGGGGAUGUUGUGUCUGACUGGUCUCCAAUACAUGAAGCUGCGGUCCAUGGGCGUCUGCUAUCUUUGAGGAAUCUCAUCAGACAGGGGUGGUCUGUGAAUGUCAUCACAGCAGACCGUGUGUCCCCACUUCAUGAAGCCUGUCUUGGAGGUUAUCGUGCUUGUGCCAAUGUUUUAAUAAACCAUGGAGCUCAGGUGAACGGCGUUACCACAAACUGGCACACUCCCUUGUUCAAUGCUUGUAUCAGCGGCAGCCCAGACUGUGUGAAUUUGCUUCUGCGGUUUGGAGCCAGUCCCCACCCUGCCAGUGAUCUGGCAUCUCCCAUCCAUGAAGCUGCUAAGAGAGGCCAUGCGGAGUGCAUUGAGUACCUUGCAGCUUAUGGGGGUGACAUUGACCAUCACAUCAGUCACCUGGGCACUCCACUCUAUUUGGCUUGUGAAAACCAGCAGGUAUCCUGUGCCAGGAAGCUUCUGGAAUCAGGAGCAAAUGUGAACCGAGGCCGAGGUCUGGACUCCCCUCUUCAUGUAGCAGCCAAGGUGUCCAAUGGGGAGCUCGCCCGCCUGCUCAUGGAUUUUGGAGCAGACACUCAGGCCAAGAAUGCUGAAGGCAAACGCCCCUCAGAGCUGGUGCCUCCAGAGAACCCUCUGAUCCAGCUCUUUUUGCAGAGAGAAGGUGCUUCUCCUUUGCCUGAACCUAAGCCCUAAUCCAUAGGCUCUUGCGGGCUCUAGCAGGAGGCAGGCCCUGCUUCUUUGAUGCAGUUGUGCCGCCUUCGAAUCCGGAAGUGCUUUGGGAUCCAACAGCACCAUAAGAUCACCGGCCUCCUCCUCCCGGAGGAGCUGAAGCAGUUUCUUCUACACAUUUAACUAUGUCAAGGCAAACAUUAUUGUGUGUUGUGGCCACUGGAAUUUAAAAAUAAAGUUUGGUUUAUAGAGCAUGA